CAUAACCAGGGGCGGACUGACAACUCAUGGGGCCCCCGGGCAAUAGGGGAUCAUGGGGCCCCUGUGUCCUUGCCCAAACUCAAAAAAGCCUAUGAAAAAGGUACCAGGGGCAUCUCAUGGGGCCCCUUACUGACCUCGGGCCCUCGGGCAGUGCCCGAGUUUCCAAAUGGUCAGUCCACCCUGCCCAUAACAGAUUAUAUAAGAUAAAUACAAAUGUAACACACAUUUUUCAUACACUUAAAAUCAAAAUUUGACAUGCAUAUUCAAGACAAUUAGUUAAUCAAAGUCUUAAUGUUCUUUAUGUUAUUUUAUUUUAUUUAUUUAGUGCUUUAGAGAA